CGACCUCACUCCGUGUCGCUAUGUCGGUCGCGUCUGCACGCACCUUUGUGCAGGCCUGAUUGACCCAUCUGCACCUUCUUGGAUGUGCAUGCGCGCCUGCCAUCCGUGUACUUUGGCACUAUUGCUCCGCUUGUGCCUGUGAGACCGACCUCCUUUGCGCGUCACUGCCUUGCCCUGCAACGAAACACUUGCCACACGACCCGCAAGGCGACCCUUCGAUGACCAUGGCUGAGCGAGACGGCUCGCCCUUGUCCACAUCGUCCAUGCUGUCAAACAACGCGGUCCAGCACACCAGCGCCCGCGCCACGUCCAGCGCGUCGCCGCCCAUCUCGACACCGCCCACGAGUCUCGACGACGGCGCCAGCGUCAUGUCCGAGAUAACGAAGCUAGAACAGACGACGGAACUGUACGAAGAGGCCUCGGCCACUCCACUAGCUGACGCGCAGGACAGCACGCCACUUCCCGCGCACGACACGUCAAACAGUGAGGGUCGCCGACCGUCUCGAAGUUCGCGCAAGUCUGUUAUCACGUACAAUGUACAGAUCCUCGCCGGAACCGCGAUUCACACACCCACCAAAUAUCUCGAGAAGCACCAUACAAAUGUCCUGCACGGCUCCCUCGAGGAACUGGCCACCAAGAGCAACGACACGCCAGCGAAGAAGAGGACACCCAAGCCAAAAGUCAACGCGACCGGUGCCAUUGACUCUGCAGAGGAACAGCUCGCUGCUGAGACCGCUCAAGCUCUGCGUCGACGUACCUCUUCGCGUGGCACAGAUCUUCGCAAGGAGGCUCUGCGCAAUCUUACUGGGGUCGGUGAGGCUGUGGCAACCUCGCUUGCAGGCGGCAAGUCUUUCGUCUCGAAAGGUCUCCGAAGAAGUGCGUCAGAUUCUCAUCUGAAGUCUGCUACAUCUUCUGCGAGUCCUUCAUCGUCGAGACGCCCACGAACUACAACAGAUACCGCCGACGAGGACGAUACAGACGCCACCUCAGAGCAGAAGGAAUACCUGAAACCUAAAACCAAAGCCUGGCUGAAGCAGGGCCUGUACGUUGGUCAACAUCGCGACUUCGACGCUCGCUUGUCAGAAACACAGAAUCGCGCGAAGAAGAGGUCUAGGAUGAAGAAGGAAAGCGGCGUGCUUCCUCUCCCUAUGUUCGCCGGUGGUCGUCUGCUGAACGAAGACCCUCGACACGUGUAUCGACACUUUAAACUCCCCUUUGACACGUAUAAUCCCCUACCUAGGAAAGUCAAAGUGGAUGGUUGGGUCAAACUUUCUAAAAACCGAUUCAUUGGUGACGCGUCUGCGUUAUGGAAGCGUGACAAGCAAGAUUCAUCUCAAUGCUACUGUGAUCCUGAGGAUGGAUGUGGAGAGGCCUGCCACAAUCGCAUCAUGGCGUAUGAAUGCGACAGCACGAACUGUAGACUCACACCAGAGGAAUGUGGGAAUCGCCCGUUUGCAGAGCUCAAGCGACGGGGCAAAGGAAAUGGCUAUGAUUAUGGCGUUGAAGUUAUGGAGACUGAAGGGCGUGGGUACGGGGUUCGCGCAAUGAGGACCUUCCAGCCUCAUCAGAUCAUCGUCGAAUAUGCUGGUGAGAUCAUCACUCAAUCUGAGUGUGAGAGGCGCAUGAAGCAGAUCUACAAAAAAGACAAGUGUUACUAUCUUAUGAGCUUCGACAACAAGAUGAUCAUCGAUGCUACUCGAGGUACUAUCGCACGAUUCGUAAACCACUCCUGCGAGCCCAAUUGCGAAAUGAUCAAGUGGACUUUUGGCGGAGAGCCAAGAAUGGCCCUGUUUGCCGGUUCCCGCGGAGUCAUGACCGGCGAGGAGCUGACGUACGAUUACAACUUUGACCCGUUCUCCCAGAAGAACAUACAAGAAUGUCGCUGCGGUACCGAGUCUUGCCGUGGUGUUCUUGGUCCAAAGCCAAAGAAGCCGGUAGAGGAGAGGUCCAUCGCUUCUGCUUUCAUUGCCGGAACAAAGCGCAAGCUUCAAGAUUUCCUCGGUUCGGGGCGCGCGAGAUCAGAAAGUAACGCCGACUCUCCCAAGAAGCGGAAGAUCUACAUGGGAAACUCUGCGACUACAAAGGUCAAAAAUCUGGACGCCGCGACGAAGGCCGCUCACGAACAAGCCGAAGUCGACGCAGCUGAGCACUCUAGGCAGAUCGCCUCUCGCGAGGACCGCGCUUUGAAGCGUUCCUCCGCUUUGACUGCGUCGAAACGGUUGCGUCCAACUAUAAUGAGGCGCACAGUCAAGGGUUCGCUCAAGUCGACAAGAACCACUACUGUCAGCCUGCAGCGAAAGGUGGUAAAACCUGGCGCUCUGAAAGCCGUUAACAAGUCUGCGCGUAUGCACGCCGCCGCGCGACGUAUAAAUUCAGCAAUGAACGGCAGGAAAGGCCUGGCACCCUCCAAAAGACCGAGUACCCCUACAUCAGAUUCGGAUGUUAAAGAUGACGAUUCUGAUGAAGAUACGUCUCCCAACAUUACGCCAGCGUCAUUACGUAGUGCGUCGAAGGAUGGCAGAAAGCGUGUCUUCAACUUCGAUUCAGACUCACAGGCCACGCCCCCUCGAUUGAACGCGAAACGUGGCGAAGCAACGCGUGCCACUGCCGUAAACAAAAUCAGAUCCACACAACAGAAGCUCGCUUCCACCCCACGAAGUUUGCAUGACACUGGUGCGGGUGUGAAGAAAUCAUUCCACCCCGCACAAAGCAGGCCACGGACCAUGAGAGGCAGGUGAGUUCAACAUGCUUCUAGAGGGAUUUAAUCCCGAGUCGGC